AUGUUAUUGGCGUUUAACAGUAUCGGUGCCCUUAAAGAGCAUUGCAACAAGGAAGAGGAUCUGCUGAAAAGGUGCUCUAUGGCGUUACCAGUACUCAGUUCGUCGGAGAUACCAAUCGCGCUUACAAGGGAGGAAUUGGACAAAAGUUGCAUCGAGCUCCGCGCCGGCAUCAAGUGCAUAGACAACUACACAGAGGUGUGCAUGGACAAAAACGAGCAGCUGGUGUUCAGGAGGAUAUACGCCGGGAUAACGGACGUGGUGCAGGAGCUGUGCACGCGCGGCAAGUACCAGGACGAGUACCUGAGGCACGCGGACUGCGUAAAGAACGUCCGCUCCGAAUACGAGGUGUGCAGCAAGAGGUACGAGGUGACCCUCACAACGAUCGGCAGCCACCAGAGCAACGACCAGUACCGCACGGACCAGACGGACGUGGACAGCCGUGAUCACCACUUGCGGACGGUCUGCUGUUCGUUUCAGGAGUACCUUCUGUGUUCGGAGCAGACAGUGCAACGAUCGUGCGGCGAUGAAGCGGCCAUGUUCACUAGUGCCUUUCUCAAAAGGAUGGCCUACAACAUCAUUAAUAACUUCUGUCUUGAAUAUCGAGGCCAGGAAUGCGGGUUGCCAGGCAAAGCGACGCGUACUCAACAAACAGCUGCUUUGGUUGGUGUUGCAAUUUUAGCCCAAUUACCAUUUUUAAGUGGAAAUCUAGUUCCGGCG